CGAUUGCCAGCGAAUGUGCUGUCACCAAUGUGAGGCUGCCUUGGCGCGCGGCCCGGAGCCGGAACGCAGCGGCGGCUGAUGAAUGGUGGAUGCCGGGCUGGCUGGUUCAUGUGGAGCCUUCUGUGGGGGGAGCUACGAGCCGCUGCCGGCCCGAGUAGGCUCCGCUGCCGAUCGGCCGCUUUCCUUAGCAGCGGCGGCGACGCAGUUUCCCCCGGCCCUGCCUGCGGAGACUCGCCUGGCCGCAUGGAGCGGGCUGUGGUGCGCUGCGUCCCGUCGGAGCCGAAGAUGAGCCUGUGGUUCGUGCUGUGUGACGGGAGCGCCAAGCACAUGCAGCGGGACCAGACGGAGCCGCUAGGCCGGGCCUUGGCCCGCAUCGCCACCAACGCCGGCAAGGGCCAUGCCAAGGCGGCCAAGAAGAGCAAGAAAGCGCGGGCGGAGGCGGGACCGGCCGGGGAGCCGGUGCCGGCGGCGCCGCUCGCCGUGCGCCUCUUCUCGCGGGACGGGGAGUCCGUGGCUGAAGACGUGUCCAAUGCCGAGGCCUGGCAGGACGGCGCCGUGCUGCAGAUCGGCGAAGUCAAGUACCAGGUGGAGCGGAACCCGCCCUCAGUCAUCGAGCUCCAGCUGCCCCGCUCGCUGCUCGCCGGCUUCCCCGUCUGCCCCAAGAUCCACACCGAAUUCGGCGCGCCCCAGCACUGUCUCUUCCGCUGGUACCGGGAGCAGCCGGGGGGCGGCGGGGACGAGCCCUCCCCGGGGGGUGCCAUCUGGGUAGAAGCCCCCGUCAGGGACCGCGUCUUCACGCCGACCAACGCGCACAUCGGACUGCGCCUCAAGCUCCACUGCACCCCGGGCAACAGCCAGCAGCGCUACGGGCUCCCCCGGGAGGUGGAGAGCAGCGGCCCCGUAGAGGCCGGGCCCGGCGCCUGUACCUUUGAUUCCCGGCACCUCUACACCAAGAAGGUGUCCGGGGAAGGCUUAAUCCGCACGGUAUCCUACAACGUUCUGGCUGACAUCUAUGCUCAGACCGAGCACUCCCGGACGGUGCUCUACCCCUACUGCGCUCCCUACGCGCUGGAGCUCGACUACCGGCAGAACCUGCUCAAGAAGGAGCUGGCUGGCUACAGCGCCGACCUCAUCUGCUUGCAGGAGGUGGACAAGUCUGUCUUCGCCGAUAGCUUGGCCCCUGCGCUGGACGCCUUCGGCCUCGAAGGGCUCUUCAGGAUCAAGGAGAAGCAGCAUGAAGGCUUGGCUACUUUCUACCGCAGGGAUAAGUUCACCUUGCUUAGCGAGCACGAUAUUGCCUUCAAUGAGGCCCUGGUCUCCGAUCCACUGCACAAGGAGCUGCGGGACAAGCUAGCCCCCUACCCGUUAGCCCAGGAGAAGGUGCUGCAGAGAUCCUCUGUGCUGCAGGUUUCAGUUCUUCAGUCUACAAAUGAUCCUUCGAGGAAGAUUUGUAUAGCCAAUACUCAUCUGUACUGGCAUCCAAAAGGUGGAAACAUCCGUCUCAUCCAAAUUGCUGUAGCUUUGUCUCACAUUAGGCAUGUUACAUGUGAUCUAUAUCCUGGCAUACCUGUCAUAUUCUGCGGUGAUUUUAAUAGUACACCUUCAACUGGAAUGUAUAGUUUUAUCAAUAGUGGCAAUAUUGCUGAGGAUCAUGAAGACUGGGUCUCUAAUGGAGAAGAAGAAAGAUGCAAUAUGUCUCUAACUCAUCCUUUCAAACUGCAAAGUGCUUGUGGAGAACCUGCUUAUACAAAUUAUGUUGGUGGGUUUCAUGGAUGCCUGGACUACAUUUUCAUUGACAUAAAUGCUUUAGAGGUUGAACAAGUAAUUCCAUUGCCAAGUCAUGAAGAAGUUACCACCCAUCAGGCCUUGCCAAGUGUCUCUCAUCCCUCUGAUCAUAUAGCAUUAAUAUGUGAUUUAAAGUGGAAAUAAGACUAACAUUUGCAUGGCAUUUGUUCCAGGCCUUUAAACAAGGAAUUUGUUUACUUUAGGGGAACUUAACUUGUAUCCCGGCUUGUAUGUAACUUUAUAAAGACAGAAGCUAGACUGAUUAUUGGAAAAAAGUUCACAUGCCUGUCAUUUCGAUUAUAAAUUUCUUAUUGAG